CUUCUUUCCUUGUUUCCUUCCCAGAUCGCACAUAUACACGAUCACACACAACAGCGAGAGAGCGACAGGGAAAAAGAGCGAUGGCGGAGUCCAACAACAACAACAACAACUCAAUGGCGCAGCAGCAGCAGCAACAACACCAGCAGCUUCUCAUGCAGCAGCAUCAACAGCAGCUCUUCCUCAUGCAGCAGCAACAGCACCAGCACCAGCAGCAACAGUUUCAUCUGCAGCAGCAGCAACAGCUGCAGCAGCUACAGCGCCAGCAACAGCAGCAGAAGCAGCAAUCGGGGCAGCACCAGUCACCCUAUAGCCUCCUGCAACAGCAGCAGGCCAUCUCUCGCUUCCCCUCCAAUAUCGACGCCCAUCUCCGCGCCCCCGGCCUGCGUUCCCUCCACUUUCAGGGCCCCGCCCCGCCGCCUUCCUCCUCACAGCCACCUUCCGCUACGAAUCUCCACCAUCACCCUCCCCAGGCCCAGCCGGCGCGGCCAUCUGGCGUGGGGGUAGGUAUCGGAAGGCCAGGGAACCCCUUGGAGGUGGAAAUGGCCCAGAAGGACGCCAUGAUGGUCUGUAACCCUGACUUCAAGCGGCCCUUCGCCUCCGUUGAGGAUGCUGUUCUCAGGCUUCUGCCCUAUCAUGUGGUAUCUGAUUAUGAGGCAGAAGAAGAUGACAGAAUUCUUGAUAGUGAUACCACUGGUCAGAUAUAUUCACGGAUUCAGCAAUGGGAUAAUAACAUUCUUGCAAAGAUUGCAGAGUUCACGACUACAUUUGAGAAGCAAGUCCUUGCUUUCAACAUAAUGACACGGAAGCGUGCUCAAGGAGAAUUCAGGUCGGAGGAGAGACUUAUGAUCGAGCAGGCUUUGCUGCAAGAAGAGAAGCAGGCUCUAUUGGGAAUCAGAGCUGAAAUUGAGUCUCGGGAGAAAGCUGGAAGGGAAGCAGCGGAGGCCAAAAUGCGGAUGGCAAUGGCUCAGGCUGAACAUGCUCGAGCAGAAGCACAAGCACAUGCAGAAAUGUAUGCUCGUGCCCCCAUGAGGGCAAGUGCUGCUGGCCUCACUGAAUCUGGUUCUGGGCAUGACAUUGUGCCUGAACAGGGAGGUAACAUGGACGAAAUUCAUGGGUGGGGAAAUGCUCAAAGAGAAGAUGAAGAGCCGUCCGAAGAUUUCUUGAACGAUGAGAAUGAACCGGAAAAUGGAGACACGGAUGCGCAAGGUGAGUGGCGGGAAGCUGGGGAGCUGGACUUAAAUUCUAGGUGAUAAUAAGGUAACUUGGCCGAGACUCUCCACAGAAACCUGAUAUUCCAACUUUACCCGAGCAGAAACAAAUUUCAGCAAGACUGAGUUGCUCGUUUCCAUGCGAGAAAACGCAUCACCACAAUUAACGCAACAGUUGAUUUAGAAGGUUUCCCCUCUCAUUUUAGCUAUUAUUUCCCCCUUUCUCUUUAGUUUAAAGAUUAACACGUGGGUUCGCAGUAUGCUCUACUUGAACUCUGUGGAAACUAGUCUAAGUUCUAAUUUGCCCGUAAGGCAGACUUGAUUGAGGAUUCA